AUGGCUGCGGUUGUGAGAAAAAUUGUCAGCACUGCCUCAGCCCCUGCGGCCAUCGGCCCAUACAGUCAGGCGGUGCUGGUGGAGCGCACCAUGUACAUCUCUGGGCAGCUGGGGCUGGACACUGCCUCUGGACAGCUUGUGAGUGGAGGAGUGCAGGCUCAGGCCAAGCAGUCAUGCCUUAAUCAAAUUUCGCAUUUCCCUUCCCCACAGGCUCUCAUUAAUAUGGGAGAGAUUCUGAAGGCUGCAGGAUGCGGAUAUGAAAAUGUUGUCAAAACCACCGUGCUGUUGGCCGAUAUGAAUGACUUCACCAGUGUGAAUGACAUUUACAAGCAAUUCUUCAGCAGCAACUUCCCAGCCAGAGCUGCGUACCAGGUGGCUGCCCUGCCCAGAGGUGGGCUUGUUGAGAUUGAAGCGGUAGCAGUGGUCGGCCCCAUCUCGGAUGCGUCCUGACUAGCCGCCCAGAGCACGCCCAAGCUGUAACCUGCGACCGAAACCACGUCAGUCCCCCGAAUUAGACGCAGUGCCCUUACACCCUUUAGGAUGCCACUCCUUUUACCUGCCAUACCGUACAGUGCAAGUUCACAGAUCAAGUGUCCAUAACACCCAGGUGCUGCAGCAUUCCAAACGCAGAGAUCAAACAUUCCAUCGCCACGGAGACAGGAUGCGCUCCUCAGCUGCCUGUUGAGUUUACGUGAUCGUAUAGCCCUUAACCUUAAAACAGAAGCCGUUUAUUACCAAGCAUUUCAUAUGAAUUUGACAGGGAUGAACACCUGUGCCACACCGAUCGACGUGUUUAUACUUCACUGUGAUUUAGGUUCCACGCACACAUUAGACAUGAGGUUACCCUGUGCUGAGCCUGCAGACAGAGAGGCCACACCCUCUAUUCACCUGGCUCACGUUUCAACCGCAGUCACGCAGAA